ACAUAAAAUCUCAUGAUUUAUCUUCUCAGCAACGAUCUUGAUUUCAAAACACCUUUUUCCUGUGCUUUUCAAUCUCUACAAUCUCUUCGAUUCACAAACUUCAGAUCAGUGAUAUAAGGUACCCCUCUGUGAUCUUCCUUGGGGUUUUGGAGGUGCUUUCAUUGGAAUCGAGCUUUGCGAGAAGAGGGGAAAUCUAUGAUUUUGGAUAUGAACGUGGGUUUUGGAGGUGCUUUCAUUGGAAUCGAGCUUUGUGAGAAGAGAGGAAGUCUAUUAUUUUGGAUAUGAACAUGGGUUUUGGAGUUGCUUUCAUUGGAAUCGAGCUUUGCAAGAAGAGGGGAAAUCUAUGAUUUUGGAUAUGAACAUGUGAUCUCUGUUUCUGUUUUCCAACAAAUAAAUACAACAUGCAUCGCAACAACAACAACACCAUUGCAGGGAGAACUCGCAGCAAGAAAGCCCUAGCUCCCGUCAAUCAUCCCAAGAACGACGUCGUUGCCCUCAGUUCCGAUGACGACGACGGCGGCGAUGAUGGCACCACCACCGUUGGAGUUCAAGAAAGUCAAACCACCACCGACGCGCUUCCGGAAUGCGGUGUGAAAAGAGGGAGGGCGAAGCGGAAGGUAGUCAGAAUCGUGGAGAGUGAUGGUGAGGUGAAGGUGAAUCUCACGAGGAGGAGAAAGUUUGGGUUGGACGUUCUGAUCGAUGAGAAGAGCAAUGUAGAGAGUGCAGAGGAGGAAACUGGAACGAGUGAUGGUCCGGCACGGAGGACCCGUUCGCAUUUUCGGGGGAGCAAGAAAUUGAAAUUAGGGGGGACCUUGAAUCAACCCAUUUGCCUUGAUGGUGAAGAAGAAGAAGAAGGUGGUGGUGAUGGUGAUGGUGUUCUUGAAUCUGGAGAAGAAGGAGCAAAGACAUGCAGGGGAGGUGGUUGGUCUGAUGAAGAAGGGGAAGAGUCGGAGAGCGAGGAUGAGAUGGAUGAUGAUCCAAUUUGGAGGAGUUGGAAAUGCUCUGGAAACAGAAGAAACAAACAUGGUGGUGAGCGAUUGAAGGGUGAUGGCAGUGUUUGUGAGAGUGAGAAAGAGAGGGGUGGUUCAAGUUGGAGGAAAGGCUCUGCAAUUCAAAGAAACAAACGCACCCCUGAACUGAAUAAAGGUGUGGAUUCGCCAAAAACAGUGAAAAAGCACUUUAACACACAAAGGGAGAAUCCUCAGCCAGAAGAGAAAUCAGUAGAGGAGAAGGAAUUGGAGGCUCUUUGGAUUGAGUCUGAUUACUGUUUUAGCCUUAUCCAAGACAAUAAUGCCUCACCUUCCGAGCCUCCGGAUUUGUGUCGUGGAGGGAAAUUGGAGCAUGAUGUCUUUCUUGAUGAAGAAAUUGGACUUCGAUGUAGAUCUUGCCUACGCGUCCUAACUGAGAUCAAAUAUGUUUUUCCCUCUUUUGCAACUCCACCGCGAAAGAAGAAAUACUCUUACGCUUUGGAUGAUGUUGAUCCCUCUGUAAGCUCUGAGUUUCAAGAUAGAGUUGUAGGAGACGAUGAUGAUGCUCACAACGACAAUUACAAUUACAAUGGGACAGUGUGGGAAAUAAUUCCUGGAGUUAAAGAAAACAUGUACCCUCAUCAAUGUGAGGCAUUUGAAUUUCUGUGGACCAAUUUAGCUGGCGGAAUCAUUCAUAACAAGUUGAAAGGGAAAAAGGAACUUCCUGUGGCUGGUGGAUGCCUAAUAUCUCACGCUCCCGGCACCGGGAAAACUAGGCUCACUAUCAUGUUUCUUCAGUCAUACAUGGAGUUAUAUCCGAAGUGCAGACCAAUAAUCAUUGCUCCUAAAGGGAUUCUCGGUACGUGGGAGGAGGAGUUUAAAACUUGGAAGGUUGACAUUCCCUUUCACAACAUGAACAGCACUGAUUGCUCUGACAAUGUGAGAGAUCACGUUAUGAACCUUGUUUCUGGUCGUAAUGUCUCAAAGCAUGUGCUCAUUUCGUAUUGUCGUAUGGCUAAGUUAUAUUAUUGGAGGAGUGAAAAGAGCAUCUUGGGAAUCAGCUACAACCUGUUUGAGCAAUUUACUAAGAAGGACUCAGAUGAAAGGAAAUUCCUUCUUGAAGUUCCUGGUUUAGUAGUUCUUGAUGAGGGUCACACUCCUAGGAAUUCAAAGAGUCUUAUAUGGAAAUCUGUCUCAGAAAUCCGGACAACAAAGCGCAUCAUCCUCUCCGGAACACCAUUUCAGAAUAACUUUGAUGAGCUGUAUAACACGCUGUGUUUGGCGAGGCCUCAGUUUACUAAAUGCAAUCCAAAUGAGAAGGGGGAGAGCCUUAGAAAUGAAAGCAAAGGGAGAUGGGCGUACCUUACCAGUUCAUUGGCCAAAGUUACCGAUAAUGGUAGAAGAUCUAAGAUAUUGCAAGAGAUCAGAAACAUGAUUUGUCCUUUUGUUCACGUGCACCAUGGAACCAUUCUGCAGGAGAGUUUACCAGGGUUGAGGAAGUUGGUAGUUACCUUAAAUCCAACCAUUUUGCAAAAGAACGUUUUUGAGGAUAUUGAGAGAAAAAGAAGUAGCCAUCUUGCUCAGGGAAACUCAAAUGUGCUAAAAUUAGAAUAUGAGGAGACUCUAACUGCUAUUCAUCCUGCACUCUAUGGUCUAUCUGAAAGAAUGAAUCUCCCAAGGUUUAGAUUGAAUCCUGAGGAAGGUGUCAAAACGAAAUUUCUGUUGGAACUCAUAAGGCUUUGUGAGAUUCGAAACGAGAAGGUGUUGGUUUUCAGCCAAUACAUCGAUCCUUUGAAACUUUUGGCAAGCCAACUUGAACAUCUUUUUUGUUGGAAGGAAGGAACAGAUGUGUUACAAUUGCAUGGAAAAGUUGAUGCAAAGCUGCGUCAAACUUCAAUUAAAGCUUUUAACGAUCCUGACAGCAAUGUAAAGGUGAUGCUAGCAUCAACCAGGGCUUGUUAUGAAGGUAUCAGUUUGGUUGGAGCCUCAAGGGUUGUUUUACUUGAUGUCGUGUGGAAUCCCUCGGUGGAGAGGCAAGCGAUAAGUCGUGCUUACCGGCUCGGGCAGAAGAAAUUUGUGUACACUUACCAUCUGAUCACGGCAGGGACAAGGGAUGAGGAUAAAUGUUGUCGUCAAGCUGAGAAAGAUCACUUGUCCAAGAUGGUGUUCUUUAAUUCCGGACGGGAUCAGCAUCAUCAGAAUGUUUCAUCAGCAGAAUUGGGGGAUCAAAUUCUGGAAGACUUGAUUCAGCAUAAAAAGAUUGGGCAUAUAUUUGAAAAAGUAGCUGUUAUCCAUGAAGAAACAAACUCCAAUCUGAAGAAGGAUUUUUUCCCCCUCUUGGUAUAAAUUAUUUAUACUGGCAAACUUGUGCUUCUCUUUUUGUAUGUGUUCAUAGAAUCUGAAAAAAGUAGUUACUAACUGUCAAGAAACAAACUCUGCUUUGAAAGAGAGGACUUUUCCCCUCUUGGUACAAGUGUUUUGAGACCAGCAAACUGAUGGCUUUUCUUGGGGUACAUAGCUGCAUACUGCUAUGGCUUUUGUUUAUAGCCAAUGUGGACUAGUUAGAUUUGGACAUGUAUAUUCUAUUUUUUGUUGGCUGAUUCUCUUCUUGAGUAAAAAGGUGGAGUUGAACUAUGAGUUAGUUUGGGGUUGUAAGUGAUUUUCUAACAUCAUUUGACUGUGCUUAUUCAUGUUUGGAAAGUUGUGGUGACAUCUCGCAUGAUUGAGAAAUUAUGUAAUGGAUAUGAUCUAAGGUGAAUACAAUCCCAGAUUCAGAUGGGAUUAUCAUUUUGAAAAGUAA